GAGACUGGUUUCUGGUGACGGAGAUUAGAAGAGGAGAAACGGGUAGACUUUGCAAAUGGGAGCGAGAGGAAAAGGGAUCUGGUACGUGAGAACAUAAACAAGCAGCAAGUGGGGAGAAAUUCCAAGAGCCAGUGACACCUAACAAAAUGCGCGUCUAGCUGUGCCCCCAGCUUGCGGCAGGUAAUAGCCACACAAGCUCUUUCUGACAAAUCUCUCCGCAUCGUGCCCUCGCCCUAGAGGUGAAUAGUUUAAUUGGUUUAGAAACGAGCAGCCCACAAUAGAUGUCUGAGAACACAGACCUCAGUAAAAAUAUCUUGAAGUUAAAAGAGGAAAAACAAUCUCGUACAGAUUUUAAUUACAGCUGAGAAAGUGCAGUCUUUCCAGCGCGUCUCACCGCGCCGAGCGCCUGCUGCGCGGCUACCAGUAGCGAAUGAAUGAAAUGCAAAAGGGGCGACGGAGGAAAGGAGUGCAAUCGUAGCCCUCGAAGGGGUUCGUCAGCUCCGCGGCCCCCACAACGUCACCAAAGCCGGGACUGUAAGAGACUAUAAAGCCCGCUGCAGCGCCUGAACCUCAGUGAUCCAGCCGGUGCCCGGGAACUCGCGCAGGGGCGAUCCCGGAGUUCCCCUCAGGUGACAGCUCCUAACAACUCGCUUCUCGACUGUCUCAUCCUUCCUGCCGGCUAGAGACGCAAAAUCCUCGGAAAAAGUGCUUCCCCCGUUACCCAUCACCUGCUGGCUCAAAGCAUUUCUUAACCAUCAAGGGCUGCGUUAGCCUCUCUACCUUGCUUCCAGGCGGAGCUGAGGUCUGCCCACCAGCAAAGGGACCAGGAAGCAGAGAAGACCUUCGGCUGGCGUCCGUGAGUGGGGAGAUCGGGGCUGCAGACUAGCCUCGAUGGGUUCUCUCCCCGCAGCCGCGAACUGGACCGACCGCGCGAGCACGGCGGGCGCGGAUCCCGGGAACCUGAGCGCUGCGCUCGCGGCAGGGGCCGCUCCGGGGGCGACUGAGGCUGAGUGGCUGCACCUGCUAGUCCAAGCUGGCAACCUCUCGGCCUCGUCCUCUGCCCUAGGACUGCCCGCUGCCUCCCCGGCGCCUUCGCAACCCCGGGCCAACCUCACCAACCAGUUCGUGCAGCCGUCCUGGCGCAUAGCGCUCUGGUCCCUGGCAUACGGCGUGGUUGUGGCGGUGGCGGUGUUCGGGAACCUCAUCGUCAUCUGGAUCAUCCUGGCCCACAAGCGCAUGAGGACCGUUACCAACUACUUCCUCGUGAACCUGGCUUUCUCCGACGCCUCUAUGGCUGCCUUCAACACCUUGGUCAACUUCAUCUAUGCGCUUCACAGCGAGUGGUACUUCGGCGCCAACUAUUGUCGCUUCCAGAACUUCUUUCCCAUCACAGCGGUGUUCGCCAGCAUCUACUCUAUGACGGCCAUUGCCGUGGACAGGUAUAUGGCCAUUAUUGAUCCCUUGAAACCCAGACUAUCUGCCACAGCAACCAAGAUCGUCAUUGGAAGUAUUUGGAUUCUAGCAUUUCUACUUGCCUUCCCUCAGUGUCUUUACUCCAAAAUUAAAGUCAUGCCAGGCCGUACUCUUUGCUACGUGCAAUGGCCAGAGGGUCCUAAACAACAUUUCACCUACCAUAUUAUUGUCAUUGUACUGGUGUACUGUUUCCCACUGCUCGUCAUGGGUGUCACAUACACCAUUGUUGGAAUUACUCUUUGGGGAGGAGAGAUCCCAGGAGACACCUGCGACAAGUACCAUGAGCAGCUAAAGGCUAAAAGAAAGGUUGUAAAAAUGAUGAUAAUUGUCGUGGUGACAUUUGCCAUCUGCUGGCUGCCUUAUCAUAUUUACUUCAUCCUCACAGCAAUCUAUCAACAGCUGAAUAGAUGGAAAUACAUCCAGCAGGUCUACCUGGCUAGUUUUUGGCUGGCAAUGAGCUCCACCAUGUACAACCCCAUCAUCUACUGCUGUUUGAAUAAAAGAUUUCGAGCUGGCUUCAAGAGAGCAUUUCGCUGGUGCCCUUUCAUUGAAGUUUCUAGCUAUGAUGAGCUGGAGCUCAAGACCACCAGGUUUCACCCGACUCGGCAAAGCAGCCUUUACACGGUGACCAGGAUGGAGUCCGUGACAGUGGUGUUUGAGCCCAGUGACCCAGACAACUCCAAAGCCAGUCGAAAAAAGAGAGCAACCCCAAGAGACCCAAGUUUCAGUGGCUGUUCCCGCAGGAAUUCCAAAUCUGCCUCCACCACGUCAAGCUUCAUAAGUUCACCCUAUACCUCCGCGGAAGAAUAUUCCUAAAUCCAUUUUCUGAAGUGCAAGACUAGCGUUAGGGCAUCAUGGUGCCAGCAUAAGCCCCCAUUCUCCUGUUUAGCAGUCCUGUCUUACCUACUCUCUGGAAACAGAGGGCAAUUUUGGAGCAGUUAUGCUUCAAUUGAGAAAGGUAGCAGAGAAAUGUAACAAAGACACUAUUAAGAGAUUUACCCCCUCAAAAAUAAAAUGGGCUCUUAAUUUAUGCUUUGAAAAUUCCAAAUUAUUACAUGCAACAAACUAAACAUAGAUCUGAAAAAUACUUCUAAAAUGUUUCAUUUUUCUCAUUUAAAAGUUGCAAUUACAGGGGUGCCUGGAUGGCUCAGUCGGUUAAAGCAUCAGACUCUUGAUUUCCGCUCAGGUCAUGAUCUCACUGUUGGUGAGUUCAAGCCCCUAGUCAGGCCAUGCAUGGACAGUGAGGAGACUGUUUAGGAUUCUCUCUCUCUCUCUUUCUCUCUCUCUCUCUCUGUCUCUCUCUCUGUCUGCUCCUCCCCCACUUGCACUCAUGAUUUUUUUUCUCUCUCUCUCAAAAUAAAUUUUUUUAAAAAUAAAAGAAAUUUUAAAAUUGCAUAUGUAUUUGUGACACUAAAGUGACAUAUGAUUUUUCCAAAAGAUUAAAGAAGCUUUGUGGUGAGUGACAACAAAAUCUAUAUAAAUUAAACAUUUUCAUCUAAUAAAACAGAAAAAAGUUAAAUGACUCAUUUUUCUCAUUAGAAUGAAAGAAAAUUAGCCUCAAAGAGUAGGAAUUAAUGAAAAUCUUUACUCAAAUGAACUCAUUUGGAAGAAUGAAAAAUUUUAAAGAUUUAAAGAUUUUUCUCCAUGAAAUGUAACUGGAAAGGAAAUCUAGUAAAAUUAUUAUACAACAUACAUGUCACUCUUUUUAUUAUUUUUUCUGAGAAAGUGGCAUCAAAAGAAAAAAAAAUCCUUUACUUUUUGACCGUUACAUAUUUUUAAAUACCAAGCUAAGAAAUAGCCAAAGUUAGGAUCUUAAAAGGACAAAGCAAAUUCCUAUGAUCCUCUUUAUUUUUCACAAAUACUUAAAAAUUUUUAGAAAAUAGGCAGAUUAUAGGGGCGCCUGGGUGGCUCAGUCGGUUAAGCAUCUGACUUCGGCUCAGGUCAUGAUCUCAUGGUUCGUGAGUUUUAGCCCUGCAUCAGGCUCUGUGCUGACAACUCAGAGCCUGGAGUCCACUUCAGAUUUUGUGUCUCUCUCUCUCUCUCUCUCUCUCUCUACGCCUCUCCUGCUCUCGCUCUGUGUGUGUCUCUCUCUCAAAAAUAAAGAAACAUUAAAAAAAAUUUUUUAAAGAAAAUAGGCAGAUUAUAAAACACUAAAGAUGCCUUCUAAUGAAGGGGAGAAUCCCAAUUGUCUCUGAGACUGGGUUACCAAUUUUUGUAGGCAAGAAUUAAAGAUAGAAACUCAUAAUUAUUAUGGCAGACAGGAAUAUCUACCAGCACCAAAGAAGUGUCUCUCCCCCAGAACUCAAAGAGAAACAAAGAAGUUGGACAUCAACUUUAUCAAUUUUGGAGCAUCCUUAUCCUCUCUCUCCUCCCAUUGAAAAAUGUGUAAGGACUAGGGAAAAGUAUCAGAAGAUAUACUCAAAUGAAAAUCCUUAGAAAAGAAAGUCUAUGUACUACCUGUAUAUACUAAUAAACAUAUGUAGAAAGGUGAAUCAAUUGUUAGAAUAGAAAGCAGGACAAUAUUUUGGAUGUAUGUGAACUAAUAGUAGGCAAACAAGAGUAUGAUAUACACCACUCCACAGAGAGGUGUAUUUUGUCUAUUUAAGUAAUUCAGAAGCCCCCUAGAAAGAAGUGAGCUAAUGGUCCUGAGGAAGCAUCUAUUUACUAUAACAAAAAUUUACUGACAUAUUUCUGAGAGCCAUAACAAAAUAAGAUCUACUUUAAGUGUAGAAUUUAUCUUCCAGACCUCAGUGCUUAUAAAUCAUCUUUCCUUGAAUUAAAGAUACUGUCAAUCUUCCUCAAAAAAGCAGAAACCUUCUGAGAAUGUGGAUGUACCACACAAACUUUUCAGAAAGUCUAAAAUAUUCAGUUAGUUUUUUUAAAGCUAUCCAGCUAAAAUAAUUACCUGUAAUGCUUUACUCGACUGUUAUACCUCCAUCAAUAUAGAGUCAACUAUUGUUUUGAAAAACAAGAUAAAAGCAAUUAUUCAAGAGGAAAUCAUAGUCUGUUGCCACCACUAAAGUAAGUUUUCCAAUCCUUUUUCCUAUUUUGAACCCAAAGCCAGAAAUAUUUGAUUGUUACAAAGUGUUCAAAGUCUAAACAACUCCACCAUGUAUGUAAACUGAUUUCUUCUGAUUACACCAAUAAACAGACACACAUACAUAAAGACACGAGUAUGCAAAUACAAUCAUCUCAAUGUAUGUAACUUCAAAGAACUAAAUUCAAACUUGAAUGCUAAAAUAGUCAAUGGUUAUUACAGGGUUGCCACAAACAGUUCAAUACACUAUGAAGCUUGUGUGCAUGCUUUGGAUAAGCAAAUUUAUCAUUAUUUAGUAUCUCAUUGUUGAAUAUAAUGUUUUUAAAUGUUCAUUCCAAAACAUGUAAAUGCUUAUCAUACAAUGUCAAAGUGUCAACAAAAGUCUAAUAUUUUAAAGCACACAUUAUCUCCUUAAACUUACAAAUGAUUAUGAGACUAGCAUUAAUUAACAUUCUAGAUACACAGGACCAUCUUUAGCUGCAGAAUGUGGAUGUGAAGUUUGGCCUUCAGUUUCACUGUAGUCAGCUACCACCAAAUAUAGGUUGAAAAACAUAACUCUUGGCCUUCACACAUAGUAGGAGCACUUAGUAUAAUUUGCUAAAACAUCCAAGGAAAAAUAGUCCUUCAAUCUGGUGUUUUGUUUUGUUUGGUUUGGCUUUGGUUUUUUGGUCUUUUUCAGUAGAUUUGGUGUUGCUGGGUGUAGCAAGUAUCAUCCUUUGAGUGUGAUAGAAAUACCUGAGGUCCAGAUAGUACUUUUCUAACACUUUUAAGGGGAAACUGACAUCAUUAACUCACUGUUUGUGACUCUUAAAUGAAAACUUAUAAAGCGGAACUUUUUAAGGUCAAAAGUUUAAAAAAUAAUUAUAAAACAAGAACAGUAUGAAAGAGAGAAGACUUUAGCCCUUUUGUCUGAAUUCUGACACUGACAAUGAUACAAUAAUACACAUGGAAGUAAUUUUCAGUAGAGGUCACUUUAAAUAAAGCUAUGUUGAUAUUUUCACAUUUGUCAGGGCUUGGAAUAAUUUCUCUCCAAAAUUCACCCUACCUUCUGAGGUUAAAGUUCACUGCAAAUCUUUUUCAUUGUUUGAAGGUAAAAACUGGCUAGAAAUACUAGGGAGAUAGUUAAAAUAUCCUAGGAUAUUUUGGAUUUAUAUCAGUGACAGAAAAAUACAAAAUAUUUUGGGAAAAAUCUGAGAGAAUCAAGAAGCUUUGCAUCAUUUUAAAUACUUAUAAAAGACAAAAAUAAAUAAAUAGUUAAUGUUGUAUUUUCAUUAUUUUGCAUCUGGAAAAAGUGUUUUUGAAAUUACUUGCAUAGGAAAAAAUUAAAGCAACAUGAUUAUUGUAGAAUCCUAUCUAACAGCUUUUAUUUUUUUAGUAAGCUUAGUAUGCUGCUGCAUUAUUCCAUCUCCCAAUUUCAUGAUGGUGACAUUUCUGACCCAGCAGCCAAAUCUAUAUUGCUUUCCAGAUCCUGCCAGUCUCUUAUCAGCAGAGAUCCGACCAACUUCAAAGUGACCUCCACUCUUACAAAGCACAUAGAAGAAUGCCAGGGAGCUUAGUAUCAAACCUCAGAAGCACAAAAUAAAUGUGAGAAAUCAAUGCUGGCCAGCUCUAAUCUGAACUUGAAUUUUGUUGAUGCAGAAUUUCAGCAGAAAACCUCUGAUUCGUGUCUGGUAAAUGAUUCCAUCAAACGCAAACGCAGGAGAGUUACAACUUCUCACAGGUUUAACAGUAACAAGUUGAGAUCCCAAUAGUGCCAAUAGUUGCCAAUAGUGUUCCAAAAGUUAAGGAAAUGAAGCAUGACGCUGGUCAUGUAGAAUAAUAUUGUAAUAAUUUCCCUUAGGGCCAAGCAGGAAUGAAGAAUAAAGUACAACAGCUCUCUGUACAAGGUCAGUGAUUGUGUGUUGUAAAAUAGCUUGGUGAAAACUCUGUGUAUAUAAGAAAUAAAUGAAUAUAAUGUUUGUAACUAGUGAAUAAAGUAUUUUUAAGUUGUGGUAAUUGUACUGAAUAGGGUUUAAUAUAUUCAUACCCUUUGUGUAUGUGGUAAUAUCUGACAGAUUUGCUUUUGCUUUUUUUUUCUGUAAAAUAUUAAAAAUAGGAUUAAAAAUGAAAGCAGCCCUAAUAUUUUCCUACUGGCUAGCAAAACAUAUAUUAUGGAAGGUCCUGUCUU